AGGUUCCGCGACGCCUUCCGCCGGCCGUGCGCUCCGGUCCCGGGGACUGGCCUACGGAAUCCCGAGCGCCAUGGCCUCUGCUGGGGUGGCCUCCGGGCGACAGGUUGAGGAUGCGUUACCGCCGCCGGCCGAGCCGCCGCUGCCCGAGACGAAGCCGCCGCUGCCGGUCGCCGCGCCGCAGCCGCAGCAGUCGGCGGCGCCGAGGCCUCAGUCACCCGCGGGCGUGAAAGAGGAGAACUACUCCUUUUUACCUUUGGUUCACAACAUCAUCAAAUGCAUGGACAAGGACAGCCCAGACACCCACCAAGACCUGAAUGCCCUCAAAUCCAAGUUCCAGGAGAUGCGAAAGGUCAUCAGCACUAUGCCCGGCAUCCACCUGAGCCCCGAGCAGCAGCAGCAACAGCUGCACAGCCUCCGCGAGCAAGUCAGGACCAAGAAUGAACUUCUGCAGAAGUACAAGAGCCUCUGCAUGUUCGAGAUCCCCAAGGAGUAGAUGCAGCCCGUGGCUUCCAGGAAGGCCUGAGAAAGAAGGGGAAGAGCAGCCGGCCUUACUGCCCCCCUCCGCCCCCCUGGAGAGGGCUUCUUUUGGACCCUAGCUCUGAACUUUGUAGCCCAAUAGGGUGGGGCUAUUGUACUGUUUCCUUAGCUGAACUUGGCAUUAACUGUGGGAGGAGCCAGUCCUGGAGCUUGGAUUUGUGGGGGCUUCCUUGCAUAUAUCCAUAUGUCUAGAUGCAUAAUAACUGCAGUGUCCACUGGUGGAAGGAGGAAUGUUUCUGGAGUCUGCAGAGGGGUUGGAGGACUCUAGCUCUGCCUCUGAGGAGGAGGCCACCUGCUGGGCGCCUGGGCUCCUCUGGCCAUCUAAGGAGCACAGUAGGAAAGGAGGCAUCUCUUGUGCCUCCUGCCUUCCCUCCCCUCCCGCCCCCUGAAUGUGAGAUGUAUACCAGGUACAUAUUGUUCUGUCAUAGCAGUAUCAUGAAACAUUUGCGUAGAAUUCACUGGACAGAUUAAGUCUAUACUCCUAUGGCGUGGGUUUAAAAUGGCAAAGGAAGGCUGUGAGAUAUUGAGCGUUGUUCUGAAAGCCUUUUCUCCUGAAACAGUUUGCUUGCUUUUGUGUUUGAGACCCUGACUGUAACAGCCCGGAUCCCUGCCAGACGGCCCCUGUGCCCCUGUGCCCAGGUUCUCUGCCACCUACAUGUUCUCGUUACUUUCAGCUCUGGCUCCCUUUGUCUCCUGUCACCUUCAGGCAGCUCAUUUAGCCACUUAAUGCCUGAGAAGGGCCGAACCACUUCAGACCCCACAGUGCUUCUUCCCACAGGGCUGGAGGAUACAUUGUUUCUACACAGGUGCAGACCUGGCCUCUUCCAGCAUUUCAGAUUCCCGCUGUCCUGGUUUAAAAAACUGUUCCCCGCUCUGGCCUUCUCAUAGAGUCAACCAUGAACAUUACCGCACUGUAAAUAGAGGUUCAUGGCGCACUUUCUGUUCAGAGAAGGGCAGCUCUAGGUGACAGUUCUGCUCGGACUAGGCCAGGUGGGGCCUUAUCGGUCUGAUUCGGUUCUGAAGGGUGGGACGAGGGUAGACCCAGAAGUCAGGCAGUCAGGUUCUGAUUCAUAAAACGUUUACAAACACCCCUCAUUUUCUACAGGUGGGACAUUUUAUUUGUGUGCUCUUCCUUUCCCCCUUAAGGUUAAGGUGAGACCAGUAAGCAAGCAAAUAUUGUUUAGACCUAGACAUGAGCACAUCACCUGUGCUGACCAAUUCAGGGACUUAACAGGUGCCCGCUGACUGACCUUGUUGGCAGGUUUUGGUUGAAGAUGUUUUUAGCAGGGGUUCCAUUCGUGUCAACCUGCAGCCACCUGUCAGAAGAUGGCAGGUUUAUUGGGAACUCAGGGACGUAUGAAGGGAGAUAUCAGAUUUCAGUGGCUUUGGACAGAAGAGCAGGCUCUGAAAUUAAGUGGGUAAUCACCUAUUAGACUCCUUCUGCCUUGGGAGUGUUAUUUAACUGAAUCAGUUAUUUUCUUGACAUUUUGGAGUAGUGUGUGGGCCGGUUUUAAGGCUCUGAACAAAUACCAUGAAACAUGAAGCGCACGGAAAUGCAAGACCACCAGGCAGGGCCUUUGUGUAAGACUGAAGUGGACAAGGGCUCUCAAUGGGGCAGAGGGAGGUGGACCCUUUGUUGUGUUUUUCAGUGUUAUGACUUGUGAUGGUUUUUAAGAGUAUAAUUAAGAGAACCUAUGCUGUGCUCUCGGGACAUCUUGGUUUUUGUGCUGAGAAACUCAUAGUAGGAUGUCUCUUUUGGGUAUUGGGUAGUUGGGAGGAAAAUGUUCGCUUUGCUUAGAACAGACAGAACAAAUUGUGAGCGCCUCCACUCUGCAACCCCGGUACAGAGGUAAACCAAUGUGAAAGCAGAGUAACCCCUCUCGGCAGCAGCUCAGUUGGCCUAGUGGGUUAUCCUGCCCAGCCGUGAUUGGCCCCGAGGGCUGUCCCUCAUCACAAAAGUGGCUUUAGUCCUGGUGGGGAGCAGCUGUCACCAGAGCAAGGGACAAGACUGAGUGCCCUUCACGGGGCUGAGAACCUCCUUGAAGCCACCAAUUCUUUGGAUUACUGGGUGGCAGGCACUUGUGCUAAGUACUUUUUAAACAUCACACUUAACCCUCAGCAACCCCAUGGAGGGUGUUCUGUUUCCUGAGUAAAGAAUUUGAGGCUUGGCAGGUGUCACGAGUGGCAGUGAGCUGAGUCCUGAGUUGGGAGUAGGUGCCUUCACCUGCUGAGAAAAGGAGAGCAAGCAGAGAAGGGUGCCAGACCCCCAACCAGGACAGCAGAUGCUUCCUGGAGCUGGAGGGGCACCAGAGGCUGGGUGAUUUAACUGUUUGCAGACAGCCCUGCCAGAGACUCUGAAGAGGAGCCAGGCGCCAGGGUUCGGCCCCAACCCGCCACCAGCUCACUCUCAAUGCUCCCUCCCCAGUGACACCUAACACCCUCUGAGAGUUUCAGGUUUGAUGACCUUUUGUCACCCUGGGCCAGCACAGUAUAGGACAGAAUGACUGGGGCACAGUCCCAGAGGCCUUUUGUGGCUGGGCGAAGGGAAAACUAGGCAGGUACCAUGUUUUGCUGAGUAUAAUACACACCCGUGUAUAAUACCCACGUUUUUGGCUCAGACUUUCAGGGAAAAAAAUUGUUAAUUUUUUAAUUCCAAUUUUUAUGUUUAUAUUUAGGUACUUGUUUUUUGUAUU